AUGACCAGCCCCUGGAUGAAGCAACAAUUGAUGCUACUGUCCUUAAAGUCUACAGAAUUUUAUAACGCUUUACCUAUUUCCUAUAAAGGACAUGCUUUAACAUUUAUUAAGUCUAGAUUACAAGGUGAACCUGCCGAAUUUACAGAACAAACUGAUCCUAUUACUAUUGAACAUCUUUCUGCUAUUUUAACCACUAGAUUUAAAGAUUACCAAACUGAAGAAAAUUUGACUCGUCAACUUUUUGAUAUUCAUUCCCCAGACUAUAGCGUUUUACAUUCAGAAAUUUGUAACAAACUUCAUGAAUUACGAGAAUUUGCUCGAUUAAAUUAUCCUCCAGAAAUUGCCCCAGCAAUGAUUGCUAGAUAUGAACAGAUGGCUUUAACCUCCUUUUUAUGCGGAAUCAAUUCCAAAUAUCAUUGCGUUGCAUUACAACCACCCCCUAAAAAUAUAGGUGAAGCUAAGAGACGGUACCAAGAACACGACAACCUUUUGCAAACCAAACAAUAUAAAGAGUUUCUCGUCACUAAGUCUAAGCCUCAGACAAAUAAACCUGUUUGA